UUCAGGUUGGCAUAAAAUACAAUGGUCUUCUUACUUUUACAGUUUUCUGAAGGUGAUUUCUUAAGAUUAAAUGCCAUCAUUAUGCUUGGCCUGUCAAGAAGGUAACAGUCCAGUCAGUUCUCUCUUAAUAUAGAGUAAUUUGUGUGAUGUCUGACCAGAGUAGACCACCCUCCUGAGCUUGGUGAUAGGGAGUCAUCUUUCAUUAUCAACUUUUUUUAAAGGCAAGGCAAAGCAAGAUUAUUUGUAUAGUAGUACAUUUUAUCCACGCAGGCUCUUCAGUGUGCUUCCUUAAAUGCUGAAUUUGUACAUGACAUAUUGUUAUCACAGUUAUUCAGUCCAGUGCCCACCCCUGACCCACAAGAUAUGAAAGAGGCUGGGUAGGUCCUGGUGUAUGCUCGUGCUGCGUAUGGGUCCUGCUGGGAGGCAAGGCAAACAUUGAAUGGGGCAGAUCACGUGGGCGGGUUUUUCAGCCUUGAACCAAUGGUUUGAGUCCAAGAGGAACGCAUCCAUGGAUUUCAGAACACGUGAGUCCAAAGUCUAGAGUUGUUGCGGAAGUUUAGUGUGUGGAAUUCGUCUAUUCGUGACAUGUAGCUAAUGCACAUUUUGAUGUGCAUGUUAGUUACAGAAAAGUCACUACUAUGGCAUCUGUUUUUGUUAAACUUGUUGCCGCCGGAUUUUAUGGAGUAAGCUCGUUUUUAAUUGUUGUUGUGAACAAAAGCGUCCUGACAAAUUACAGAUUUCCUUCUUCACUAUGUGUGGGAAUUGGGCAGAUGCUGGCCACUAUUAUUGUGCUGUGGAUGGGGAAGAAGAUGAAAGUCAUCACAUUUCCAGACUUGGACAGAAGUAUACCUCACAAGAUGUUUCCCCUACCUCUCCUGUAUGUGGGAAAUCAAAUAACAGGACUAUUUGGAACAAAACAACUUAAUCUCCCGAUGUUCACAGUGCUCAGAAGGUUCUCAAUUCUGUUCACUAUGCUGGCUGAGGGGGUUCUGCUUCAAAAGACAUUUCCUGUGCCCAUUCAGCUUACAGUGUUUACAAUGAUAUUUGGGGCAUUGGUUGCGGCCAGCUCUGACUUGGCCUUUGAUCUGCAAGGCUAUGUCUUCAUAUCAAUCAACAAUGUGUUGACUGCAGCCUAUGGUGCCUUUAUGAAACAAAAGCUUGACUCCAAGGAACUAGGGAAGUUUGGCCUACUAUAUUACAAUGCUUUGUUCAUGCUCAUUCCCACAAUUGCUUUGGCAUUUUUCACCGGUGACAUGCAAAAGGCGUUGCAGUAUGACGGCUGGGCCGACAUACUCUUUAUUUUCCAGUUUGUGCUGUCAUCUGUUAUGGGGUUCAUCUUGAUGUAUUCCAUUGUGAUCUGUACACAGUACAAUUCUGCACUGACAACCACUAUUGUAGGCUGCAUCAAAAAUAUUCUGGUUACCUACAUUGGCAUGUUUUUUGGCGGAGAUUACAUAUUUUCCUGGGUGAACUUCAUUGGAUUGAACAUUAGUAUUGCUGGCAGUUUAGUGUACUCGUAUAUCACCUUCACAAAGGAGCAAGACCAGAAAAAAAAAGCCUAAGACUCUCCAGUGUGGAUAAACCCAGAAUAACGGUGAAGACUGUCCAUGUCCGACAGCUCCAAGGAAAAGCAUCUCAAGAGAAGCAUCUGAUGCAUUUAAUUAUGUUUUACAUGUUUUAUCAUGUGGAGCUAGGACCCACAAGUGCUGAUUUUAUAUUUGUAUAUACAUUUUAUACAUUACAAAUUAUAUUUUAUUUUAAUUCAACAUUCAAAUGAUUUUAAUUUUGUACAUUGCCAUGUGAUAUUUACAUUCCUCGUUGUAUAUUAUUUUUUAAAAUAAAAGUAUAUGGGACAGAAAUGCUAGCAUAAUUGAUAUCCAACUUGACAACAAAAUGUCUCCCACUAAUAAAGGCUGAAAAAAGAGAUUUGUAUGGGGCUGUUAGUCACCUUAAGCAUUUGAUUGGGAUAUGGAUACAGGGGUCUAGGCUUAUCUUGCUACGUCACUGACCACAAUUAUUAUACUGUAGUUUACUUAACUAUAUCACUUUGUCACUUUUUAUUCAAUCGAAGUAUCACAUUGUGCCGUUAAUAACAGCCCAUUAGAAAUAUUAUGCAAAUAUUAUGAGGUUCAAUACUUAGAUGACUGGCUUUAACAAAAAAAAGUUGUGAUGGACCGAUUAAAUGAACUUUACAAUACACUUUUUACAAAAUGCUUUUAGCCUAUACCAGUAGCCUGUCACUAUCACCAUGAGGUAGUUCAAAUGCUCAUUUCAGGCAUAUAUCCAAAUUCUAAUUUACCGUCAUGAAAAAAAUCGUUUUAUUAAUGUGAUCAAUAGUCAAAUUUCAAGAAAAUGUACAGUACAUUACUGAUAUCAACAUGGGAGAAAUGAAAUGGAACAGCAUCAAAGUGAGAAGCAGAGCUGGCUGAACAACUGAGAACAUAUAUUUUUUAGAUUUUAAUGUUAGAAUUCAAAUCACAGACGUAAGUAUGAAAACUUGCUCAGUUUGUUACUUAAAUAUUUCAUCAACACAAUUUCACUCAACAGUAUUGCCGGCAGUCUGGUACUCCUACAAUUGUAAUCAAACAACAAAAGAGUGUGACCAGGGACAAACCGAGGAGGAUUCAGAUCGCAGGUUGAGUUCAGUCAGUAGGAGAGAUUAACCAGCUGUAGCCUACAUGAGAUCAAACCCCCUUGUCUGACCAUUUGGACAAGCGGUUAAGACUGUGAUAAAUGCUAUGACCCGGUAAGGCCCCAUGAGACAUACGCUACUGUAGUAGUUACAGUUCUUGCAGUAGGGAAAUGCCCAACAUUCAGCCGUCUGUUUCACUGAGGGAAUUCAUCUCACUGUAAAGACCCAGUGUGCCAAUAGAGGAGCACAUAAAUAUGUCGUCAUUCCUUGAUGAAUGGUGCUGUGGCCGUAGUACACAAGAGCUUAGACAACGAACAAUAGACAGAUUUACAGUAAAGUUAUCAAAAACAUCUGUACAGGAUAAGAAAUCUAUACAAACUUAACAUGUCAAAUACAUGUUAUGCGUGCUUUUCUAACACAAAGAAAUAAGUGUUGAAAAGGUCAAUGGAAUCUAAAAUAGUCAAAAAAUAUAGCUAGUGUGCCGAGUAUUGUUUGAUAGUAGACAUCACUGAUGUCAAAUGCUGCCUAACAAACCUAGGGGAUUUCUCCACUGGCUUAUUUAUACACAAAAUGGGUUGCAUGUCUUGCCUCCCAAGUACAAACACAAACGUAUGAACAGGAAAAAAAGAAUAAAAGUGCAUCUUAAUGUGCCUGAACUCCCCACACUUAAAACCUCAGUAGCAGAGUCAACUAAACAAA